AUGCGUUCUUUGGUCAACUACUGCUUUGAUGUCCAACGACCACGCGUGGAACACGUUCGGAGCCGUAUUAUGAUGAUUGCAGUACGAGAAAAGUUGUGGAUGUCCAAAGAAGAUAAAAAGAUGUUACAAUUAAUGCUUCCGAAGCAGCUUGACGUUUACUUAACAAAGGUUUCUAAAAGAGCUCGAGCUUUAACCAAAGAGCACCGAGUGCUACCUUCUGCUCUUGAUGACGUGGGAAAGAAAGGCGGUAGCGCCAGCGAUACUUUUGAAGCGGAAAUCGACGAGGAAGGUUUUGUGGUGGAGCGAGGAGGAGCUGAAGGAGAGGAAGAGCAAGAGAGUGACGGGAGCAACGACAAGCAGGAGGCCGCUGGAGGCAAUAAUGCAGAUUCACUUGGUUUUACU